CUGCGCUUCUCCCGCCGCGGCCUUUCGGGAGUCCCGGGGCGCGGGGACUGGCCCUGCGCCUUCGCCCAUCAGCCUACGGCGCCGCGAGAGAGCGAGCGUGAACGGAGAGCGAGCGGCGGCCCGGGGUGUGGGCCCGGCUCCCGGGAGCCAGGACCCCGGCCGGUCCUGCCGCCUCCGCGCCGCGAGGGCGGGGGCCGCGAGCAGCUAGGCGCGGCCGGCGGGCGCCGGGGGUUGACGGGACGCGCGCUCCGGGCCGGCGCCCGUUCGAGCCCGCGCCCCCCCCCCCCCGCGUGCCCGCGCCGCUGCGCGAUGCAGUGUGGGGAAUGGCUGGGGUUGGCUGAAGAGCGCACAGUGGAGUUUUAAUGUCCGCCAUGUUGGCCAUGGCGUAUUGAAGAGAGCGAGCGAGAGAGGCGCGGAGCGGCACAGCCUCCCACCCUCCCGGCUGCUGUUAAGGCCCGGACGGCGAGCUCCGCGCUCCGCCCCUCAAGUCCCCGGCAGCGGCAGACGAGUGGGGACCGAUCCCCCGGUUCUCCAUGAUCCCGCUGGCCGGGGCCGUUUCCCCAGAGCAGAGAGGUAUCUGCUGCGCCUGAGAUGAGUAAACUGUCGUUUCGGGCGCGGGCGCUAGACGCCUCGAAGCCGCUGCCGGUUUUCCGCUGUGAGGAUCUGCCCGACCUGCACGAAUACGCCUCGAUAAACCGAGCCGUGCCGCAGAUGCCCACCGGAAUGGAGAAGGAAGAGGAGUCGGAACACCAUCUUCAACGGGCUAUUUCAGCACAGCAAGUGUAUGGCGAGAAGAGGGAUAAUAUGGUUAUACCUGUCCCAGAGGCAGAAAGUAAUAUUGCUUACUAUGAGUCUAUAUAUCCUGGGGAAUUUAAGAUGCCAAAGCAGCUCAUUCACAUACAGCCUUUUAGUUUGGAUGCUGAACAGCCUGACUAUGAUUUGGAUUCUGAAGAUGAAGUAUUCGUGAAUAAACUGAAAAAGAAAAUGGACAUCUGCCCAUUGCAGUUUGAGGAGAUGAUUGACCGUCUAGAAAAAGGGAGUGGUCAGCAGCCAGUCAGUCUGCAGGAAGCCAAAUUACUGCUAAAAGAAGAUGAUGAAUUAAUUAAAGAAGUUUAUGAAUACUGGAUUAAAAAGAGAAAAAACUGUCGAGGGCCAUCUCUUAUCCCAUCAGUAAAACAAGAAAAGCGAGAUGGUUCUAGCACAAAUGAUCCUUAUGUGGCUUUUAGAAGACGAACUGAAAAAAUGCAGACUCGAAAAAAUCGCAAAAACGAUGAAGCCUCUUACGAAAAAAUGCUUAAGCUGCGUCGAGAUCUAAGUCGGGCUGUUACUAUUCUAGAGAUGAUAAAAAGAAGAGAAAAGAGUAAAAGGGAGCUAUUGCACUUAACACUGGAAAUUAUGGAAAAGAGGUAUAAUUUGGGUGACUACAAUGGAGAGAUUAUGUCUGAGGUUAUGGCACAGAGACAGCCAGUGAAACCUACUUAUGCCAUCCCCAUCAUCCCUAUUACUAAUAGCAGUCAAUUUAAACACCAAGAAGCAGUGGAUGUGAAGGAGUUUAAAGUUAAUAAGCAAGAUAAAGCCGAUCUUAUCCGACCUAAACGUAAAUAUGAAAAGAAGCCCAAAGUCUUACCAUCAUCUGCUGCUGCUGCUCCUCAACAGACGAGCCCUGCUGCACUGCCAGUCUUUAAUGCUAAAGAUUUAAAUCAGUAUGAUUUCCCCAGCUCAGAUGAAGAACCUCUCUCCCAGGUUUUGUCUGGUUCUUCGGAAGCUGAGGAAGAGAAUGAUCCUGAUGGUCCAUUUGCUUUCCAUAGGAAAGCAGGCUGUCAGUACUAUGCUCCUCACUUAGACCAGACUGGCAACUGGCCUUGGACUAGUCCUAAGGAUGGAGGAUUAGGAGAUGUGCGAUACAGAUACUGCUUAACUACCCUCACCGUACCCCAAAGGUGUAUUGGAUUUGCACGAAGACGGGUUGGGCGCGGUGGAAGGGUCUUACUGGACAGAGCUCACUCAGACUAUGAUAGUAUGUUUCGCCAUCUGGAUUUGGAAAUGCUUUCCUCACCACAACAUUCUCCAGUCAAUCAGUCUGCCAUUACCUCAGAAACAAAUACCUCGGACAAAUCUUUCUCUAAAGACCUCAGUCAGAUACUAGUCAAUAUCAAGUCAUGUAGAUGGCGGCAUUUUAGGCCUCGGACACCAUACCUACAUGACAGUGACAAUGAUGAACUCUUCUGUAGAAAAUUAUAUAGGAGUAUAACUCGAACAGGAACAGCACAACCUGGGACCCAGACAUGCAGUACCUCUACGCAAAGUAAAAGUAGCAGUGGUUCAGCACACUUUGCAUUUACAGCCGAACAAUACCAGCAACAUCAACAGCAACUGGCACUAAUGCAGAAACAGCAGCUUGCACAAAUUCAGCAACAGCAAGCAAAUAGUAAUUCCUCCACCAACACUUCACAGAACCUUGCAUCUAACCAGCAGAAAAGUGGCUUUCACCUGAAUCUACAUCAUAGCCAUUCUAUACAGGGUUUAGAAAGAACAUUACAGGGUUUUGUCUCCAAGACUUUGGAUUCUGCUAGUGCUCAAUUUGCUGCUUCUGCUUUGGUGACAUCAGAACAACUGAUGGGAUUCAAGAUGAAGGAUGAUGUGUUGCUUGGGAUUGGGGUGAAUGGCGUCCUUCCAGCCUCAGGAGUAUACAAGGGCUUACACCUCAGUAGUACUACACCAACAGCACCAGUACAUAUAAGUUCGUCAGCAGCAGGUUCAACUUUGUUACAGCCUUCAAACAUUACACAGACUUCAAGUUCCCACAGUGCACUGAGUCAUCCAGUAACUGCUGCCAAUUCUGCAACAACUCAGGUUCUGAUUGGGAACAACAUUCGAUUAACUGUACCUUCAUCAGUUGCCACUGUAAACUCUAUUGCCCCCAUAAAUGCACGACACAUACCUAGGACUUUAAGUGCUGUUCCAUCGUCUGCCUUAAAGCUGGCUGCCGCAGCAAACUGUCAAGUUUCCAAGGUCCCAUCUUCAUCCUCUGUAGAUUCAGCCCCAAGGGAAAAUCAUGAAUCAGAAAAGCCAGCGCUAAACAGCAUAGCAGACAAUACAGUAGCGAUGGAGGUGACGUAGCUUUCUCAGGAGUGGGACUGCAACCUGGGGACUUGAUUAGGUGCUAUGCAUCAGUAGCAUUUUGAAUGCAGGGGAUGAUGGAAUGCCACACAUGCAUUUCUGUGGCAGCUGUGGGGACUUUACAGCAGUGCUCAUCUCUCAUGCUUCAAUUUUUCUUUCCUUACUGUUAAUAGGAAAAAUCAACAUCUGUAAAUUAAGAAUACAGCAAUUAUCUGUACAGUACUGCAUAUUUGUAAUACCCUUGUAUAUAUGUUACUUGAAUACAGAAAUGUUCAUUUGU